CAGUCAUUAUCGGCGACACCAUUCUCUGUCUCAAGGGUAGCGACCUAAGAACAGAACUGAGGCAGUCUGUACAACGGCCUAUCGGUUGUUAUCGAAAUGGGCCACAAUAAGUCUAGGAAGUUCAAAAAUCAUCACGCACAAGGUCAAUCCAGCCGGACAAAUCAACUAAAUCGUGAAGACGAAUCUCUCCCUGCUGAUCCAGAAACUGAAGAAGAGUCAAGUAUGGUGGUAUCCAAAAUUCAGCUAGCCAUGUGGGAUUUUGGUCAGUGUGAUGUUAAAAGGUGUACAGGGCGCAAACUAGCUAGAUUUGGCCUGUUGAAAGAGUUGCGAGUAGGAAAUGGUUUUGGAGGCAUUGCAUUAAGUCCUGUUGGACAGCAGUGCAUCUCAAGGGAAGAUUCAGAGCUGAUAAAAAGGAAAGGUUUAGCAGUUGUGGAUUGUUCUUGGGCACGAUUGGAUGAUGUCCCUUUUACAAAGCUAAAAUGUGCUGCUCCUCGUUUAUUACCAUGGUUGGUGGCUGCAAAUCCAGUAAAUUAUGGUCGACCCUGUGAGCUAUCUUGUGUUGAGGCUUUAUCUGCAGGUUUAAUCAUAUGUGGUGAGGUAGAAAAUGGGGAGUUGUUGCUAAGCAAGUUCAAGUGGGGUCAUUCUUUCUUGUCCCUCAACAGGGAACUUUUAAAGGCAUAUUCCAAAUGUGAGAAUAGUGCUGAGAUUAUUAAUGUGCAAAAUUCAUGGCUAUCUGAGCAAACUUCAAAAAUUCCCAAGGCUGUGCCAAAGGAAGAAGUGGUAGGUGAUGAAGUGGAUAGUGAAGAUGAAGGAUCGGAUGAUGGACUUCCACCUCUUGAACGAAAUGUGAACCAUAUUACUUUGGAUGAAAGUGAUACCGAAAGAAUCAACAUGACUAAUCUAAAGGUCACAAAAGAGUCGAUGGAACCUAAAAUUGAAGUCAAUGACCUUUUGUGUUAUUCUUCCGAGGAUUCGUCUGGUCGACCACCAUUGUUCAGGUGUGGAAAAAUGGGAGAAAAGUCUGAUACUAAAACGGUGUCUUCACCAUAUGUUGUCCUUGAAAAUCGACCCCUUGAUCAAUGGAAAGUAACUGAAUUAAAAGAGGAACUUAAGAAACGGAAAUUAAUGACAAAGGGAUUGAAAGAAGACCUGGUUAAAAGGUUGGAUGAAGCAGUUCGUUCUGAAAUAGAUGAUGCUAAGAGAAACCUUGAGGAUGACCUAAACAAUGAGUCCCACUCUGAUGAUGCAACAGCUGUCCCAGUUGUUACAGAGGAUACCACUGAUGCCUUGGAUGACACCAUGGGCAAGAAUGAGGACUUAGAGAAAGAUGUUAAGGAGUUAAAUAAGGAAAAAGAUGGUAAUGAGGGUUUAGAGAAAGAUAAUGUGGGAUUAGAUAAGGAAAAAGAUGGCAAUACAAGUGUUCAGAUGGAAAUGGAUAUGGUUCAGGCUGAUGAUGGUUUAGCUGAAAAAAUGGUUACAGAAGGUGAAGAAGGUGGCAUUGUGUCUACACAAGUGGAAUCUUUUCAGGUAGUUGAAGAGAUUUCAGUAACAACAACCACCGAAACCACUGUUUUGGUCUCUGAGGGUACUGUAGAUGAAGGGUUUAAUGUGAAAGAGUCACAGGUGGUUGGAAACAAUGGGGAUUCAAAGGCUGAAUCUCAAUCACCUAAAGAAGAACAAGCUGAGGUCAGCAACCAGGUAACCGAGGUCAGCCAAGUAAUCUCUGAUUCUAUUUCUGUUGAUACUACUAUCUCCAAUUCUGAAAAGAAUGAACUAAAGGAUAAUGUAAUUGCUGAUGAUGUGAAAUCAGAGGUAGAUGUUAAGCCUGAAAUGGUCUUAGAUGGUAGCAAAUCAGAACCAGUUGACAUUGAUAAUGAUAAUGUAAUUGCUGCUGAUGUCAAGUCAGAGCAAGUUAUUGAACUUAAAGUGGUGAAAAUGUCAACCAAUGUUGUAUCAGUUGAAGAAGUUGAUGAACCACUUAAGGACAAAAUCACUGAUGAAAGUGUUGAUAUUUGCAAGAAAAGUGAUAGUGGGGAUGUGGGCUCUUCAGAGAAGUUGAAUUUGGACAGAAGUUCUGGUGAUGAUUCAAUGGAGGAAGAUGUCCAAGAAAGCAAACAGAUUGACUCAAAGUUUACUCCUAAUGAAGUUGGAGAUAUAAGUGGGAAAAUUGAAGUAAAGGAAGAUGAUUCUGUUGAUGUUAUGGUUGUAGAUGACAAGAAUUCUGCUCCUGUUGAAGAUGUAACAUCCACAAAAAGAAAACCACACAUGUUAGCAGAAAACAGUGAAGUAGUAAAGAGGCGAAGGUGGAAUUCUGAACAACAGUUAACUAAUAAUCAUUCUGCUGUUACUACUCCUAAAGAUACAAUUCAGACUCCAGUUAAACGCAUAUUUUCAAGAUCCGAGUCUAAAAUUGAUCAAGAAUUACCCAAAGAACGUAUUGUUCCACCUUCAUCAAAGAUUCCAACUAAUUCUCUUCGAAUUGAUAAUUUUUUGCGCCCUUUUACUUUAAAAGCUGUGCACGAACUUCUUGGGAAAACAGGGACAGUUGUCAGUUUCUGGAUGGAUCAUAUCAAAACCCAUUGUUAUGUUACAUAUGCAUCUGCAGAAGAAGCAAUAGAAACUCGAAAUGCUGUAUGCAACCUACAGUGGCCAGUGAAUGGUGGACGCCUUCUGAUGGCUGAUUUUGUGGAUCCACAAGAGGUUAAGAAUCGGGUCGACCCACCGCCACCACCACCUCCAGCCACCACCAUGCAACCACCACAGCCCUCUCCUCGACUACACGUUCAGAAACAACAGCAGCAGCAGCUUCCUCCUCCACCAGCUCUAGCCGCCAUGCAGCCGCAACAUCCCUCCCCUCGACUACAUGUUCAGAAACAACCACAGCAGCUUCCUCCACCACCUCCGCCACCGGUAAGGGAGGUUGCCGCCCUUCCUCCACCACCAGCACCUGCACCACCAGUUGAUCCUCCGAUUGUUACAUUGGAUGAUCUGUUUAGGAAGACAAGAGCCACCCCUCGUAUCUACUACCUACCACUUUCCGAUGAACAAGUGGCGGCAAAGAUGAAGGGGAAAGCACCUGUAAAGGAGUAGGAGGAAUCAAGCUCCUUCUGAAUCUGUUUGGAUGAUGGAUUGGAUAUAGCUUAUUUUAGAAGAAUGAAAAGAAUGAACAAUGUCUGCAGGUGUUACUUGCUUUUGCGUUUAGGAGGGAACUGUUCCAGUCCAGCAAUGCAUUGCAAUGGUGGGCCAGGAGGAGCUGCUGAUUCGUUGGUUGGUUGACCGGUCAAUGGACUUUUUGUUUUUUUGUUUGUUUUGUUUCUGUGACUUUGAGUGAGCAGCCCAUUUUGAUCAACACAGAUUGUUUCUUGUCAUAUGUCAUAUGGAUCAAUCGAUACUAGUUUUACUUUGGGCUUGGACAAAGUUCUGUUACUUUGCUUGUGUUUUUACUUUUUACUUUUUACAUCCGACUUGACAGGCUUGUUAGGGCUAC